UUAAAACUCUUUUACAAUAAAAUUAUUUCCUGAAACAAUACAAACCAACGAAAACACAGGGGAUCAUGUUUAAAUUAUUAUUAAAUUUCCAAACCAGGAAAUAAAAACAAUAUUUUUUGGGGGAAAAUAUCUUAAGAAGAAAAUAAAAACAAAUUUGUUUUCUUCAAUAUAAAAAGAAAAGUAAUUCACAAACAGAAAUAUUUUCCCAAAAAUUACAAAAUUUAAAAAUAACUAAUAAAGGAAAUAUAUUGGCAAUGACCCUUACAACUGCCAGCGCUACAACAGCCAAUAAUACACAGGAAACUAUUAGUAGUAGCAGUAAAAAAAUGGAUGUUAAAUGUGCUACAGCUGAAGAGAAUUUACCCACCUCCGAAAUGGAUUUAUUAGCAAAAUUAGAGGCAGCCAAUAAGCUGAUUGAAAGUGAUGCAAAAUCCCUAAACUCAUUGCAUUCCACACACAGUCGUAAAAAUUCCGAUACUAGUCAAAUAAGUAUAACAUCAAAUGGCAAUUCCGUGGCCGAGGAGGACAUCUGGACCACUUGGGCCACCAUAUUAAAUGAUUGGGAGGGAGCUUUAAAACGUAAAAAUCCCUGUGUCAGAGAACUAGUACGACGUGGUAUACCACAUCAUUUUAGAGCCAUUGUUUGGCAACAGCUUUGCGGUGCUAAUGAUGCUGAUAAAAAACAAUAUGCCGAAUAUAUUAAGGCCACCUCGGCUUGUGAAAAGGUGAUACGACGUGAUAUCGCCCGUACUUAUCCCGAGGUGGAUUUCUUUAAGGAAAAAGAUGGCCCCGGUCAAGAGGCUUUAUUUAAUGUUAUCAAAGCCUAUUCUUUACAUGAUCGUGAGGUCGGCUAUUGCCAGGGUUCGGGUUUUAUUGUUGGUCUUCUACUCAUGCAAAUGCCCGAGGAAGAGGCUUUUGCUGUUUUGGUUCAAAUAAUGCAACAGCAUCGUAUGCGUGAUAUGUUUAAGCCAUCGAUGUCGGAACUGGGUUUGUGCAUGUAUCAAUUGGAAAAUUUGGUGCUCGAACAGAUACCAGAAAUGCAUAUACACUUCCAACAACAGGGUUUCCAAACUACCAUGUAUGCUUCCAGUUGGUUCCUUACUCUCUAUACAACUUCAUUAAAUCUAAAUAUCUCAUCACGUAUUAUGGAUGUUUUCCUCAGCGAAGGCAUGGAAUUCAUAUUCAAAGUUGCAUUGGCUUUACUACUAUUGGGUAAAGAUACUUUACUCUCUUUGGAUAUGGAAGCUAUGUUGAAAUUUUUCCAAAAAGAAUUACCCAAAAAAGUAGAAGCUGAUCCAGAGGCUUUCUUUCAAUUGGCAUAUUCCAUUAAAAUCAAUACAAAACGUAUGAAGAAAAUGGAAAAAGAAUAUCAGGAUGUAAAGAAAAAAGAACAGGAAGAAAUGGUAGAACUAAGACGUUUAAGAAGAGAAAAUCGUUUACUUAAGCAACGCAAUGAAUUGCUAGAGGCUGAGUCGGCUGAAUUGGCAGAUCGUUUGGUCAGAGGUCAGGUGUCAAGGGCCGAGGAAGAGGAGACUAGCUUUGCUAUACAAACUGAACUCAUGCAGCUGCGUCGUUCGUAUUUGGAAAUUUCCCAUCAAUUGGAAAAUGCCAAUGAAGAGGUGCGCGGCUUAAGUUUGCGUUUGCAGGAAAAUAACAAUUCACGUCAAUCCUCUCUCGAUGAAUUGUGUAUGAAAGAGGAGGCUCUUAAACAACGCGAUGAAAUGGUCUCUUGCCUCCUAGAGGAAUUGGUUAAGGUACGACAAAGUUUGGCCGAAAGUGAAGAUCAAAUACGUAAUUUGAAAACCAAAAUAGAGGAAUUAGAAGAGGAUAAAAAGACUUUGCGCGAAACAACGCCCGACAAUUCAGUUGCCCAUUUACAGGACGAACUAAUAGCCAGUAAACUGAGAGAGGCAGAAGCCAGUCUCUCGUUAAAAGAUCUCAAACAGCGAGUACAAGAACUAAGUACUCAAUGGCAAAGACAAUUGCAGGAACAACGCAAUGAUCACAAUUCACAUCCAGUGGAUUCAACACCCAAAAAGCUGCUAACAAAUCUAUUUGAUUCUUCCAAAUCAAAUGAACAUACCCAGAAAUUGGAAGAGGAACUAAUGACUACACGCAUUAGAGAAAUGGAAACAUUAACCGAACUGAAAGAGUUGCGUUUGAAAGUAAUGGAGUUGGAGACACAAGUGCAGGUCUCAACCAAUCAGCUGAGACGUCAAGAUGAGGAGAAUAAAAAGAUUAAGGAGGAAUUAGAUAUGGCAUUGACACGUGAAAAAGAGAUGUCCAAUAAGGCUAGAGAACAGCAACAUAGAUACUCUGAUUUGGAAUCUCGCAUGAAGGAUGAAUUGAUGAAUGUAAAAAUUAAAUUCACCGAACAGUCUCAAACAGUAGCUGAAUUGAAACAGGAAAUUUCCAGAUUAGAAACUAAGAAUUCCGAAAUGUUAGCCGAAGGUGAACUACGUUCCAAUUUAGAUGACUCUGAUAAAGUGCGUGAUCUGCAGGACAGAAUCGCCGACUUAAAAGCCGAGUAUACCACUACGCCUAUAACAAGUCCCGAUACUGAACCUUGGAAGUGGAUAAGUUAAACGUUUUCCAAAGAAAAUCCAAAAUAAAAAAGUUAAACAUUUGAAGUUAACCGCAUUAAAAAGUCGAGGCAAAUUUUUACCAGUUUCAAAAUUACGAAGCUCCUCGAUACAGUCGAUUGAAUCAGCCGAAAGUGAUUUUAAUGAUAUAAUGAGCAUGCGUAGAGAAAGUACCGAAUUAUCAUCAUAAUAUUUAAUGAGGUUUUUUU